UUCAUGUGGCGCUGAAAACGUCACGCCAGCCAGUCAGGUUGUCCUCCUGUCUUUCUCUUGAGUCUGAGCUGCGGAGAGCCGACCAUGCCUGGACUUCUGCUGGGAGACGAGGUCCCCAACUUCGAGGCCGACACCACCAUCGGCAAGAUCAAGUUCCACGAUUUCCUUGGAAGCUCAUGGGGUAUCCUGUUCUCCCACCCAAGGGACUUCACUCCUGUCUGCACCACUGAGCUCGCCCGUGCCGCUAAACUCAGCGGUGAGUUCAAGAAACGAGGUGUGAAGAUGAUCGCCUUGUCCAUUGACAGUGUUGAGGAUCACCGCAACUGGAGCAAGGAUGUGAUGGCAUUUAACAGCGAGACUGAAAGCCCUCUGCCCUUCCCCAUCAUCGCCGAUGACAAGAGAGAGCUGUCCGUCCAACUGGGCAUGCUGGACCCCGAUGAACGUGACAAGGAUGGAAUUCCCCUCACCGCUCGCUGUGUCUUUGUAAUUGGCCCUGACAAGAAGCUGAAGCUGUCCAUCCUCUACCCUGCCACCACCGGUAGGAACUUUGAUGAGUUGCUCCGAGUUAUCGACUCCCUGCAGCUCACUGCGCAGAAGAAGGUUGCCACACCUGUCGACUGGAAGCCUGGCGACAAAGUUAUGGUCAUUCCCUCUCUCUCUGAGGAGGAAGCUGCUGCUCUGUUCCCCAACGGUGUGACCGCUAAAGAGGUGCCCUCUGGAAAGAAAUACUUGCGCUACACCCAGCCUUGAAGAGACACUUAAGGCGACCUCCUGCUCUAGUUUACUGCUUUUUGACCUGGAGAUCCUGACCAAAUGCAAAUAUGCACUUCUGGUUUGGUAACUAUUUUUUUUAGUCAUGCAAUAUGUCCAGCAAUGAACCAGGAGUAUUUAUAAUGUCACUGUACAGUGCCUUGAUUACCUUUCUUCAAUAAACACACUUUUCACACA